AUGGAUCCCCGGAUCGCCUGGUUCCAGCCAGAGCAGCUCGGCCCCUCGAACCGCCUGUGGAUGCAGAUUUGGGAGACCACGCAGGGGGUCCGCAACCUCUACUUCCAGCAGCAGCAGCAGCAGCCGCUGCCGCCGCCUCAGCCCGCCGCCCCGGCCUCCUCCUCGACUUCUUCGUCCUCCGCCUCCGCCUCCUCGGCCGCCUCGUCGUGCAGCAGCAGCAGCAGCUCCCCGUCGACCCCGGGAGAGGGCGGUGUUUUGCUGACAUUCAGGAUGUCAUCCUUAGGUGAAAGUGUGGGCUGCCUGUUUGUGGAUGUUGGGUCUUCCCGUCUGCAGCCUGAAAUUGUGGUCCGGGCCACAUUUAACGGCCCUGUCCUUCACGAAGAAAUCAAUGACUUCUACAAGUACAUGUCCCCUAGACACGAAGAGGAAAGAAUGCGGAUGGAGGUGGUGAACAGGAUAGAAAACGUAAUAAAGGAACUCUGGCCCAAUGCGGACGUGCAGAUAUUUGGAAGUUUUAAGACUGGUUUAUAUUUGCCUACUAGCGAUAUUGACUUAGUGGUGUUUGGAAAAUGGGAGACUUUGCCACUGUGGACCCUGGAAGAAGCACUUCGAAAGCACAACGUGGCCGAUAAAGGUUCAGUGAAGGUUUUAGAUAAAGCAACUGUUCCUAUCAUUAAACUGACAGACUCCUAUACUGAAGUAAAAGUGGAUAUCAGCUUUAAUGUACAAAAUGGGGUAAAGGCUGCCUAUCUCAUCAGAGAUUUUAUUAAGAAAUAUCCUGUAUUGCCAUAUUUAGUUUUAGUAUUGAAACAGUUCUUAUUGCAAAGAGACCUCAAUGAAGUAUUCACAGGUGGAAUUGGAUCUUACAGUCUUUUUUUAAUGGCUGUCAGCUUCCUCCAACUACAUCCCAGGGGGGACGCCUGCACCCCCAAUGCCAAUUACGGCGUCCUUUUAAUAGAAUUUUUUGAACUAUACGGCCGUCAUUUCAACUACCUGAAAACAGGGAUCCGAAUCAAGGAUGGGGGUUCCUACGUAGCCAAGGAUGAAGUUCAGAAGAAUAUGCUAGAUGGUUACAGACCAUCCAUGUUGUAUAUUGAAGAUCCACUGCAACCAGGCAAUGAUGUUGGAAGAAGUUCGUAUGGCGCCAUGCAAGUUAAGCAGGCCUUCGAUUAUGCCUACGUCGUUCUGAGCCAUGCAGUCUCACCGAUAGCUAAAUGUUAUCCCAAUAACGAAAGCGAAAGCAUAUUAGGAAGAAUUAUCCGAGUUACGCAGGAAGUGGUGACCUACAGAGAGUGGAUAUCCAAGCAGUGGGGGAUACAGAAUAACGUCGAGACGUCAUGCAAUGGUAAUGGAGUGGCAUUAAUAGUGGAUAAUCAACAGCUGGACAAAUAUAACAACAACCUUUCCGAAGAGAACCAGUCCCUAGGAAAACUGAGAAGUAAAACUUCAGAGACCCCAAGCAAACAUUCAUCAAAUUCUUCAUCAGGUCCCUUCUCAUCAUCCUCAUCCACCCUCUCCAGCUCCAGCGACGUAGAGUCGGACGGCACCCCGUGCAAAACCUCAAAACAGCUGGGCUCCUGCCAGACUUCGGCAAACAGACUAGCAUCUCAGGAGAUCUCCCUCGGGUCCUCUCAGCUGAGCGGCAGAAUGCCAAAUGGCCAAACCGUGAACGCAUCCAAUGUGACAAAUAAGUCCCAGCACGGGUCCAUGAGGCUCUUCCGCACUUCUUCCAACAAAAGCCUCCAAGGUCCAGGAAAUUCCAGCCACGGUACCUUGGUGACGAACAAACAGUACCAGGGCACUAAGCCACAACAAUUUUACCACGGGAAAAAAAGGAAACACAAGAGGGACGCUGUGCUUUCAGACUUAUGUAGAUAGUUUUCCUCUCUUGACGGUUGGACUUGUUCCCCUGUGUGCAAUGCUCUCAUGCUACGAGAAGAACUUGGACAAAAUGGCUUCCAAGGUCCCGUCUGGAGUCUCAAGACUGUUGGAACGUUGAUUAGCAACGCAUUUUAGUUUUUUUGUUUUUUGUUUCCAGCUCGCCACGAAAAACCGAUCAUGAAGACUGAA